AGCUUCAGAAUUAAUGAAAUAACAUUAUGAUUAGUUAUUUGAUAAUACAAGUUUCACCUAGGGCUUCAUCCAAUUCUAUAUUUUCUUUUUGCAUCUGUCGAUGUAACAAUAUGUUGCUCAGUUAUCAAUUUUUAUCAGAAUUGUAGAUUUGACAAUCAGUGAAGAGUUCUCGGCAUUAAAGUAUCUGCAUGGUACAACAACCAGAUACGACGUUUAUGUUGCAGUUAGGAAAUAAAUGAUUAUCCUUGGAGGUACUAGUAACCUGCCAGCUUCGGUAACGAACGGCACCAAAGGAUCCCAGAUUGACCUGGUUGGUUUUUUGAGCAAUUAAUUAAACUGUAUCGUUUUCCAUGAAACGUUGUGUGUUAAACUACUAGAUCUUGAAGGUUUUAUUAAAAAUUUUAUAAAUAUCUGUAGUUAAUUUUAAUAUGGCUAUUUCUGAUUAUUUUUUUGUCUUUAAUAUAAUUUUUCUCAUUUAUUUGAUGAUCUGGUUAGGAAUGCAAUAUCUUUUGAGUUCAAUAUCGUCAGGAUAUGCUUAAAUUCGAUGUUUCUCUUGGUAGAAUAAACCAUGUGUCUAUAUUUGCGCUUUUCUUAGGAUUAUUUCCAUUCACGCUUAUAUUUUCUCGAAAACUUUCUACCUUCGAUCAUAAUUCAAUAUUAUAAAUCUUAUUAGUUUUCUUGUGAUAUCAUUAAAAACUUUAUCCUCUCUAUCGUAUCGUAACUUGGUUAUAAUCUAUGGACAGUACAUGAAAUUUUAGAUUUUGUUCUUGGUUAUUGCUCUUUAUUGUAUUUAAAGUGAAAAUCUGAACCACAGUGUUUCGUCGCUAGCGAUUAGGUGUAUUAUUAUUAGGUAUAUAUUUUUAUGCUACUUUAAAAUGUUUAAGUGGUACAAAGCAAACAAUCUACAGUCAAUUUUUCGAAUUCAAUUUCUGAGAAGCUUCAAUGAUAUGAACUAGAACUAUGAACUAGAUAUUUGGCGAAACUAUUGAAUAAUAAUCGAAUUUUUUACCCAUUACGGAAGUUUAUAUAUAAAUUCCAAUACUAAUACAUUUUCUAAUGUAAACGAUUGAAAAUAACGACACAUCUUUAAUUUGAUAAUAACUGAUUUACCAUCAAAUAGUUUCCAUCUCUAAUUUUAUAUCGAUACUGUCAAUGUUUCGUUAUAUAGUUUCUAAAUAGAUUUUUGGAACAGCAUGUUUUUCAUUUAUAUAUUUUCACAACAGUUAUUUAAAUGUAAAUGAAACUUGGAAAAAAUUCAAAAUCUCAUUUAGACUCAAAGCAUGCUCUUCUCUGUUUUCUGUUUUGUAAUCAAAGUUUGCUUCAAACUUUGGCAGCCCGAUUAAAAUAAAUAAUCAUGCAUAUUUUUUGACAUUUCGGCCCGAAACUAAAAUGCCAGUAAUUAUUUCAUUACACGCAGCUGUAUUUGAAUCGAUAGAAUAUAUAUAAAUAUAAGAAUAUGGUUUGUCUCUAUGCCAGUAUCGCGACAGCAAUUUUAGUAGUAGCGGUUUGUUGUGUAGCAAGAAGAAUAAGUCCAUGUCUAUAAAUAGAAAAUGUCGAAAAGAGGUUCUGCGGCUGGGUUCAGUAAGCGGGGCAGUCAGGUAACAGCAAAAUCUGCAACUGGAGUGAAAACUGCUGGACCUGCGCCAAAAAAAGGCCUAGAAAAACCGAAAAAAGGUCUGGAAUGGACGUUACCCGCUUUUAGUGUAUGCAAAAAACCCAAAACAGGAAUCGAUUGGGAAGAAGUGAAGAAAAAGCUAAUCAGAAGGCAGGCUCCCGAAGGUGAAGAUAUAAAAGCAAUCAGGUUAGUCUUAAAAGAACUCAAAGAUAAAACAAUUCCUAUUCAUGACUUCAUCAACUUAGUAUCUGCAUAUACUUCUGAUAACGGCCAUGAACUACGAGAAUGUUUAGUUGAGGAUAUGAAAAAUUUUCAAAUAAUGUGUCGAAAAAUUUAUCAGACAAUGACACAAGACAUCAGUGACGUAUUGAUAAACGACCAAUUACUUACCGUUGAAUUCUACCAGCAAAAGCAUGAUAUUGGUAUAGAAAGAAUGAUGCGAGCAAUCAACGAAAUAUACGAUAUGGCUCCAACAUUCGAUUUUCAAAAAUAUUACAUUUCAAGAGAGAAUUAUUUAAAUCAAAUAUUACCAAUACCUGCCAAAUCACAAGAAGAUCCUGAAGUUGAACAUAUAUUGAAGAGACAGCAACUUUACCACAGAUUGCAAUGGUUGAGGAAUGAAGGAGAACGUAUGUUUGAAGAAAAUAAACGGCUGCAAAAUAGAUUACACAGUCUCAAGCGUCAACAAGAGAUGGAACAAAUGAACGCAUCUCAAGCGGCAGAAGCAGCUGAAGCUAAAGCGGCAGAACUUGAAAAAGAGGAAGAAAAGAUGAGGAAUACCUUACAACAGUUGAAUGUUGAUAUGGAGAAGUCUAUAAUCGCUAAUGAAGCCGAAGAUAGAAUAACUCAUAAUGAAACUACCCUACAACCACCUAAAAAAGAAGAUCUCAAGGAACGCAAGAAAAAGAAGCCGAAGAAGAGACCUGAUUGGGCAAGUGUUGUUGCCGAAGAAAUCGACGUGGCACAAGUACAAGAAGCUGUGGCGAAUGAAAAUGAAUCUAUACCUUUGGAUACUUCAUUAAGAAAAUUGAAAUUAGACAGUACUCUUGAACAAAGUCGAUUAGAAAGUACUACAACUUCCAGAGCAAGAAGCAAAAUUUCCUUCAAUCCAAAGUUCAAUUCCACUGAGAUGCCGGAAACUUCUUCGAAUGUUGUACAACAAACAAAGAUCGAAAAAUCCAAUAUUAGACAACAAAAAGAAAGGCAAAGGGGUAGAGUUAGUUUGGCACCACGUGAUACGUGGGGAGGUUAUCACUGAGCAGCUACAAAUUGCCGUUUGUUGAUCUAACCAAAUGUACAUGUAUUUUUGUCAAUGAUUUAUAUAUAUAUAUAUAAAAAUAUUGUUUGUAAUUACUGUUUUCGAAGUUAAUUAAAAGAUCCAUGCUGCAA